AAAAGGCUUCACCUUUUUCAUUUGUGUUGAGCUUUCCCUUCUCCUCUGAUCUCCGGCCACCCACCAAUGCCCCUCUCUCCUUUUCAGCAAAGUCUGCAUCUUUGAGCUCUUAGAACCACAAAAAUGAUAAGCCUUUCGGACUUGUACCAUGUUCUCACUGCAGUUGUUCCACUCUAUGUAGCCAUGAUCCUAGCUUACGGCUCAGUCAAAUGGUGGAAGAUUUUCAGCCCCGACCAAUGCUCCGGCAUAAACCGUUUCGUUGCUCUCUUUGCGGUUCCACUUCUCUCUUUUCACUUCAUCUCCACCAACAACCCUUACGCCAUGAAUUACAAGUUCAUUGCAGCAGACUCACUCCAAAAAGCCAUUGUUCUUGUGGUGCUUGCAAUAUGGUCUAGAAUAAGCUCAAGGGGUUCUUUGGAAUGGUCCAUAACACUCUUCUCUCUCUCAACUCUCCCUAACACACUCGUCAUGGGGAUUCCAUUGUUGAAGGGUAUGUAUGGUGAUUCAUCAGGGAGCCUCAUGGUUCAGAUUGUGGUGCUUCAGUGUAUCAUAUGGUACACUCUCAUGUUGUUCUUGUUUGAGUAUAGAGGUGCCAGGUUACUCAUAGUGGAGCAGUUCCCUGAUACUGCAGCCUCUAUUAUCUCAUUCAAGGUUGAUUCUGAUAUUAUUUCUCUUGAUGGCAAGGAACCUCUUCACACUGAGGCUGAGGUUGGUGAAGAUGGCAAGUUGCACGUCACUGUGAGAAAGAGCACAAGUUCAAGGUCUGACAUUUUCUCUAGGCGUUCACAUGGUGCUGUUUCAAUGACUCCACGCGCUUCUAACUUGACCAAUGCCGAGAUAUACUCUCUUCAAUCCUCUAGGAACCCUACACCUAGAGGCUCUAGCUUCAACCACACUGAUUUUUAUUCUAUGGUGAAUAAUGGGAGGAAUGUUAGUCCAAGGCAAUCAAAUUUUGGCAACUUGGGGUUUGAUGAGGAAAAUGGUAGAGCUGUGUAUUCUUCUCAUGCUGGUGGUGGUGGUGGGGUGUAUCCUGGUCCUACGAGUGCAGGGAUCUUUUCACCUGUGACAGGUCCUGGGGCCAAGAAGAAAGGUGGCGGUGGUGCUGCUGAUGGUGGGGGAAAGGAUCUUCACAUGUUUGUAUGGAGUUCAAGUGCUUCUCCUGUCUCAGAAGGUGGAAUCCAUGUCUUCAGAGGUGGAGAUUAUGGAAAUGAUCAUCUUGGUGGGGUAGCUCACCAGAAAGAUUAUGAAGAGUUUGGGCACGAUGAGUUCAGCUUUGGUAACAGAACAGUUGCUAAUGGUGUUGACAAGGAAGGGCCAGUGCUUUCAAAGCUUGGUUCAAGUUCCACAGCUGAGCUUCACCCCAAAAAUGGAGCUCAAGGUGAGUCCAAACCAGCCAACAUGCCACCUACUAGUGUUAUGACAAGACUCAUCUUGAUCAUGGUUUGGAGGAAGCUGAUUAGGAAUCCCAACACUUACUCUAGCCUAAUUGGCCUCACAUGGUCUUUGAUCUCAUUCAAGUGGAAUGUUGUUAUGCCUGCCAUUGUUGCCAAAUCAAUAUCAAUUCUAUCUGAUGCAGGCCUUGGCAUGGCCAUGUUUAGCCUUGGGCUAUUUAUGGCAUUGCAACCAAAGAUCAUUGCCUGCGGAAACACGGUCGCUUCAUUCGCCAUGGCGGUUCGUUUCCUCACCGGCCCUGCAGUAAUGGCUGUAGCAUCAAUUGUGGUAGGACUAAGGGGAGUUUUGUUGCACGUUGCCAUUGUACAGGCUGCCCUGCCUCAAGGAAUUGUACCCUUUGUGUUUGCUAAGGAAUACAACGUUCAUCCUGAUAUAUUAAGCACAGGGGUUAUAUUUGGGAUGCUAAUUGCUCUUCCUAUUACUCUAGUUUACUAUAUUUUGUUGGGGCUGUGAAGAAGACUAAUUGUAGUGGUGUUACAUUUACAUUUACACCCUUUUGUUAUAUUAAUAUUAUUAUAGGGUAAUUUUUUUUACCAUCCUCUAACAAUGUAGAAUUUGGAAGCUUAGUCAGAGUUGGGAAUGAAUGAAGUGUGUUUGUAGAGAGGACUUAAUAGCUAUAAUUUAAUUACUACUAAAUAGGAAAAGCUUUGUGCUUGGGGCAUGUUUUUGCCUUUUAACUAUGGAACCCCACUCUUGUUAUAAUAUUUUGCUUGGUUUAAUGGAAAAAAGAGAGAAAAAUGAAGCUUGUUUUCUUGUCCACAA